UAUGCCCAAUAGAGGGCCGACACUAACCGUUGAUUGGUCAAAAAUAAGCACCGUUUUUGAAUGCACUCCGAAUUUCUUCAACUUUUCUUUAUGUUUCUGUGAUAAAAUAUCAGCAAAAUGAGGAACCAAAAAAGAAGAGCGCCACAGAAGAACAAAGAAGACACCGAUCCAGUCGAAGUAUUUUGUCGGAUCCGCCCAAUUGACGACAAUUAUGACAAAUGUGUGUCUGUGGUUGGCCCAGUCACAGUUCAGUUGACUCCACCUGAGCAUUCUCAGGCUUACAAAAAUGGAAAUUAUACGGAGUCACAAUAUUCAUACAGAUUUGUAUUUGAGGAGACGACGUCACAAAAGGCGAUCUAUGACCAUGUGGCCAUGCCGCUAGUAGAAGACCUCUUGCAUGGGAAGAAUGGCCUCCUUUUUACGUACGGCAUUACAUCGUCCGGUAAAACACACACAAUGACCGGCACGCCACAGGAACAGGGAAUCCUACCGAGAUGUUGUGAUGUCAUCUUUAACAGCAUUCAGGAAUUACAGGCCAAGAAAUAUGUUUUCAUCCCAGAUAGGCAGAACGCCUUUGACGUCCAAUGCGAGGCAGACGCAAUGGUUGACCGACAGCGUAAAGACAUCCUCCCCAAACUAAUGACGCCGAAAACCCCUGGCACCCCUCGAAGGCAUGCACGGAAUGACAGAAAUGAUGACGCACCACGAAUCAAGGAGCAAUCGGCUAUCGGCGGUUUGGACGAGGACACUAACUACGCCGUAUUUGUCUCGUAUAUCGAAAUCUACAAUAACUUUGUCUAUGAUCUGUUAGAAGACUUACCAUAUGAUCCUAUCACUGGAUACAAAAAAAUUCUAAAUCAAUGUCUUUUUAGGCCACCACAGUCCAAGGUGCUGAGAGAGGACCGGGACCACAACAUGUACGUCCACAAUGGCGUAGAGAUCGAGGUGAAAAAUACCGAAGAGGCAUUUGAUGUCUUCACGAAAGGUCAGAAGAGAAGGAAGGUGGCACACACCGCGCUGAAUGCUUCAUCAAGUCGUAGCCAUAGUGUCUUUAACAUCCGCCUGGUCCAGGCCCCGCUGGAUCCGAUCGGGGAGGAGGUGGUUCAAGACAAGGAGAAGAUAUGCGUUAGUCAGCUGUCCCUGGUGGAUUUGGCUGGGAGUGAGCGCACGAAUAGGACCAAGAAUCAUGGGGAGAGGCUCCGGGAAGCUGGUAACAUCAAUCAAACUCUCAUGGUGCUGCGAACUUGUAUUGAAUGUCUCCGCGAGAAUCAGAAGAACAGUGGUAACAAGAUGGUGCCAUUCCGCGACUCUCGUCUCACUCACCUCUUCAAGAACUACUUUGACGGCGAGGGCAAGGUUAAAAUGAUUGUGUGCGUGAAUCCAAAGGCGGAUGAAUACGACGAGACAGUGCAAGUGAUGCGGUUCGCCGAACUAACCCAAGAAGUCCAAGUGGCCCGUCCAUCAACAGUCCGGUUCGAUCUUGGUUACACGCCUGGCCGUCGAAAGAUGAACCAACAAUACAAAGACCAGCUCAACCACAUGCACGAGCAGGAGGUCCCCAGUGUCGCGACUUCAGUUCGGUUGUACGAUAUAGGACCACCUUUCCCAAUGUUUGAGUUGAAUGAUCCAUCAGAUACCGUCACCCUUACGACCCUCACACAUUACCUACAAGAGCGCGACGUCCGCCGCCAGAAUUUCAUGACUGACCUCCUCAGAAAACAGGAUUUAUUCCGUACCAGGCUUCUCGACAUCGACAAUGAGAAUUCGGAACUACGCUGCAGGUUCAGCAAUUUAGAAACGGUCGUCCGCACUAAAGAAACGGAAUCGACCAAACUCGAGCGUAAAAUCCGCAGCUUGGAAAAUCAGAAUCGCGACUUGCAGCGGACGGUCUCGAUGUACGAUCAUGACAUCAAGGAACUAAAACAUGAGAUCGAGGAUAAAGAACAGGCGGUGAAAAAGGAACGGACCGAUAAGAACCGGAUACGACACGACUUUGAGAAUAAGCUGAUGUUGAAUAAUCACCAGUGGGAGAAAGCUCUGGAUCAAGAACGCCAGAAGAUGGAACUGGAGUGCGGUGCACAAAUCUGGGACAAAGACCGAAAAUUGAAAAUGGUCAGGCACAUCAUCAACGGAGAUCAAGCCAGUUCAAGUAGCUCCGAGACAAAGAUCAAAGUCCCACCACCAGUGGCCCCAAAACCACGCACUACCAGAAUGAAAACGGCUAAUUCUGAUACGUCGAUUAGUACGGCUGGGACUUCGUCUUCAAGUACAGCGUACUACUCAGCAAAGUCGACGGUUAGCACGCUGAAAAAGACGAAGACACCCCCGACGACACCUUCCAGUGGCUCCACAAGCACCAUUCCCAUCUCCAACCGUCGUGCCCACCGCCGAUCUCGUUCGGCCGGUGCCGACCGAUGGCUGGACCACAAGCCUGCCGAGACACUCGAACUCUCCACCGUCCUCCAACCCAAAAUGAAGAAGAAGAAAUCCGUCACGAAACUGAAUGUGAAGGACACCAUGGAGGCCGACAAGUACUGCCUGACGCAUCAGGAGCAAGACUCGAAUGACGAGAUUGUCACCAAGCUUAUCAAGGGUGACGUUCUUCCCACAGCUGGAGGUGGUACGCAGGUCGUCUUCAAAGAUGUCGAAACCUUAAAACAGAUCUCGCCCGGUGACAAGCGAAAGCGGGGCUACUAUGAUAAACCGGAGGUGGCCAGUGGUGACUGGACAGACACGGACGAACGUUGCAAUGUGGCCAUUGAGGGCCAUGGCUAUAUGAAGCGGGCAAGACCUAGCAGGGUCUAGAUAGAGAAACUCCACAGGCAAUAUCCGCUAAUUCGGAACCAAAGAAAACCGCCUCUCUCGAAUUCUGUAAAUGUGGAAUCGCAAACAAAGAACAUGCAAUCUCACGAUCUGGCGUGCAAAGUGGAAAUUUGUAAACAUCUUGCUAAGGAACUUAUUCAAAUCAUGGACAGGCGGCUUUAAUAUUUGAAGUCUUGCAGAUGAUACGUUUUUUCCUUUCUUAAUUAUGAGUCGCAGAUUUAUUUGUUGUGUUGACAAAUUCUUUUGAUUUCAAAUAGGAUUGUGUUCUAGUAUUUUUAAGCUGGGCCAGUUGAUGAUCUGAUUGGCCAGACCAGGGGCGUAGCCAGUUUUUUGGUCCUGGGGGGCACAAGGCUCUCUGGGAGGGGGGCAAAAUUACACUCAUUUUUCAAUCAAAAUCACUUUUUCUGUUGAUUUUUUCCACUAGCUACAGCCCUUUAGACUUAUGUAUCUUCUUAGUUAGUUCUAGUGCCAAGCAUUUUCCUUUUUCAUUGCAAUAGAUAUCUUGUGUUCCAAGUUUUGAAGAACAGACGGAUGAGAAAACAUGCACUUGUGGAAGGGGUUGAUCUUGAGCCCGAUGUAAAAUCUUUGACGUUUCAGCCUCGUGUCAGAAGUCAACAUUUAAAAGUUUGAAACAUAGUGCAUCGUCUGUCAUUAUAUUUAAACUGCAUUUAGAUACAAAGAACGCUUGUGAUAUAUUCCUAUCAUCCUAAUUAUUUCUGUUGUACAUAGACUAAACAUACUAAUCGGUAAAUAGCAACACCUUUGAGGUUCAGACUGCUUGGGCCUGUGACCUGCUCUGGCAGAAGCUGUCACCUGGGAUAAAAAAAAGUCAUGAGUAUUGGCAUGAGCUGAUUCUGCACGGAAUUACCUGUUAAAUGAGAUUGAUUGAGAUAUCGACUUUAGAACACACCAUUCGUUCGAGUUUAUAUUUUGAGAAAAACCCAUCUUAAGAUUAGUGCCUCGAUAAGAAAACCAUAAGAAACAACCUUAUCUGAUAUUUUAUUCGAUUAAAAUGGACUCAAGGCAGCUUUGAAAUAACUCAGAAGUUCAUAAUAACUUCCUGAAGAAAAAAUAUUCUUUACUUUUUCCAAAUAAGACAAGUGUCGACUUUGCCAGAGCUGGCCACAUUUUCCUUACUGCAUGAUGGCCAAGUUGACAAUACGGGGACAGAGGCUGGGAGUUGACAAAUAUACUUCUCUGAAAAAGACAUGCCCAGCUCUCUUGCAACUUGGUCGUUUUACUUGUAAAUAUAACCGGAAUGUUUUUAUAUUUUGUACAAGUUUGUGUCGUAUUUUGUCAGGAUUUCAAAAAUGAAAAGCCCUGUUCUGUAUAAGAGAUGACUAUUGUUUUAGGUAUUGUUGGGAAUGAAUUCAUACUUAGAUGGAUUAAGAAUACAAUGUUUGUCGGAUGAGGGCUGGUUCAGGGAAUCCAAUAAUGAACAGAACAGGGCUAUCAUAUUGAAUCCUUGUAUGCCUGCCUAUACACAUUGGUUUUAUUCAUGUUUUACUUUGUA